GGGAGAUACGGGGACACAGAGCGAGGGAGAGAGCACCAUAGGGAAAGAGAGGGAGAGAGACAGACACAGAGGGGGAGGCUGGUUCCUGAUACCAAGACAGGAAAAAGCAAGGGAGGGAAAAAGAGAAAAAAAAAGCCUGGCGGAGACAGGGAGAGAGGGGGAGAAAACAGGGGAAUAACAUUUAGAGACAUAAAAGGCGUAGGGGAGGAAAUAAGAGAAUACUGUGUUCUUCUGAACACCCCCCUUUCUUUCUCUCUCUCGCGCAGUCACACCGGAUUGGACUCCAAAGAAUCUACACCGCGUCUACCCCAGACCCCAUGGGUUAACAGACUGUAUCCAGGGAAGGCUUACAGGUCAGCUAACCAAAUGAACAGCAACAGGAAGGAGGACAUGGAGAUCGCGUCCCACUACCGGCAGCUCCUGCGGGAGCUCAAUGAGCAGCGGCAGCAUGGCAUCCUGUGUGACGCCUGUGUCAUCGUGGACGGGAAGAUCUUCAAGGCCCACAAGAACAUCCUCCUGGGCUCCUCGCGCUACUUCAAGACCCUUUACUGCCAGGUGAAGAAAGGGGCGGAGACACAUCACCAGACAACCGUCACUCACCUGGACAUCGUCACAGCGACGGGCUUCAAGGCCAUCCUGGACUUCAUGUACUCGGCCCACCUGGCGCUGACCAGUAAAAAUGUAAUUGAGGUGAUGUCAGCCGCCAGCUACCUGCAAAUGACCGACAUCGUCCAGGCCUGUCAUGGCUUCAUCAAGGCCGCACUGGACAUCAGUAUCCGCUCUGAACUGGCCGACGAACUGGCCGACUUUGAGAUGGGGGCUGCCGCGGCCGCUGGUGUAGGGGGAGGUGGAGGAGGUGGGGGAGGUAUAGGGGGAGGAGGAGGGUUAGGAGGGGUGGCGUCAGAAGCCUUAGUGUCUAUCAUAUCAGGACGAAGCUCCUCGCCCUGGCUGGGGAGGCGUACAAGCCCAGCCAACUCCUCUGGUGACUCAGCCAUUGCCAGCUGCCACGAGGGUAGUGGCAGUACAUACGGUAAAGAGGACCAGGAGCCACCCAAGAGCCACGAGAGCCAGGAGGACGGUGGUCACGACUCCCAGCACGCCUGGCCACACAACUACCGUCCCGUCACUGUCAAAGAGGAACAAGUCUCACCCUCCUCCAUUUCUCAUCCCCGGGACGGGCCCAAGGUGGGUGCAGGGGCACAGGGGGAGCAGGGGGGAGGAGGUGAAGGGGCGUGGCAGCCCUCGGGGUCGGGGCGGAGGAAGAACAGGAAGAACAAAGACACGGUCAGACACAUUACCCAGCAGGCCGAGGGGGACAGAGACAGCAGGCCGGGGUCGCCGCUGCCCUCCAUGUUGGGCGUGACGGGAUGGAGCUACAAUGGACAAGACAUCCCAGGUGCAGAUGUGACGGAGCCCAACAGCUCAGACAGUCGCGGAGAACGCCUCGACUUUUUCCUCAAACAGGAAGCGGCUCUGGCAGCGAGCGAGGCCAACUUCCUGGGUGCUAGCGAAUCAGAUGAUGCCGGAGGUGGGACCGGGGGCAGGACUACCCCAUUGGUAGCUAAUCUGAGGGCAGCGUUGAUGAGUAAAAACAGCCUGCUGUCGCUACGGGCUGAGAUGCUGGGAGACGAUAACCCUCUACUGUUUGAGUACCUGCCCAAAGGAGGACACUCCCUCUCACUGAAUGACUUCACAGUGAUCCGUAAGAAGUUUAAGUGCCCCUACUGUAGUUUCUCUGCCAUGCACCAGUGCAUCCUGAAGAGGCACAUGCGCUCCCACACAGGCGAGAGGCCCUACCCCUGUGAGAUCUGUGGCAAGAAGUUCACCAGAAGGGAGCACAUGAAGAGACACACACUGGUCCACAGUAAGGAUAAGAAGUAUGUGUGUAAGAUCUGCAGCCGGGUCUUCAUGUCGGCAGCCAGUGUUGGAAUCAAACAUGGCUCCCGUCGCCACGGCGUCUGCGCUGACUGUUCCGGGCGGGGCAUGGCCGCGUUAUUGGACCACAACGGGGAAGUGGGCGGAGACGUCUCCCCCGAGGACGAGCUGUAUCCUGGCGACCACCGUUUCCAUGAUGACCAGACGGAGUGCGACGGUGACGGAGAGGGGGAGGAAGAGAUGAUGACGGAAGGGGAUGGAGAGAUAAUGGGAGAGGUGGAUGACGAGGGAAGGAAGUGGAAGGAUGACUCAGGGAUGAUGACGGAGGGAGACGGAGUGAUGGACAACGACAAGGAGGAGAGCUGUGACUCUGUGCCAGAGCGGGAGCAGCACAACGGGAGCGAGAAGGAUUUCUCCUGGAUCUCUUAGGAUCCCAUGGGAUCAUUUAGGAUCUAUCGUGGAUCUGUUGGGAUGUCUUAGGCAGAGACAGCUCUCUUUACCCAUGUAUAUGGGCAGGCCUUUCUCUGAGUGGGGUAUGUGGGCGAUACGUGACAAUGAUCUAAAUUGACAGGUGCCACACACACACACACACACACACACAAGCUGAGCCCUGUACUGAUGAUUACCAUGGAGAACGAUUGAGAGUAAAAAGAAAGAGAAAGAGAGGCUCGUUCUAAUCACCUCCUUUCUUUCUGAUGCAGUUUCUUUCCUCUUUAGUUUUGUUGGUUUUGUUUUUUUGUUUGUUUCUGAUGAGGACCAGACCAGAGUCUGUGCAUUGGUUUAGAUGUCCACCUAUGACACACUGGCACCAAUGAGGACUCAUUAAACGUCUUGGGUGAUUUUGAACUGUGGCCGUUUGUGGUCACAGUUGCCAUGGACAUGACGGAUUGUUAACGGUUUGGGAAAAUGCCAAGGUGGUGUCUUGUUGCCAUGCAGUGUUAUUUGGGGACAGUCUCUAUACAUUUUUGGGACAGCCUUUUAUCUAUUGCAAAGAUGCACGCGUCGGGCAGCGGUUGGCACAUUGUCUCCUGCAGAGUGAAACUGCCACAAACUUGCACUUUAACGUCGACUAGAAUCCUGUCAAUGCCCUCAACCCGUGGUUUACAUUUUCAAUCUGAUUUUACCUACACAACUCGGUGACCGCACCUACCUUUAAGGAUAUAUUGUAUGUCCUCAUGACUGUUAUGAUAUAUAAAUAUAUGGAUAUUAGAAUGCUUUUGCUGUAGUUUGCUGAUUAUAUAGCCUAUGCCUUUAAAUGGGUUCUUUCUCCUCCACUUAAGUUUACCAUGUGUUUCUGUUGAGCUGUGUUGAGAAUUAUGAAAGGUUGAGCAAAUGUACAUACAAACAAGCCACAGGAAUUAGAUUGAGCAAGAGGGAGAGUUGACGAGCGAGAGGGAGAGAUAGGUGUAUGAGAGAGAAAGGGAGUGUUAGAGAGACGAGAGAGUGAGAGUGAACACUAUGCAGGAACAUAAAUGAUCAAUCCAGAUGUAAGUGUUCUUAAAUCUCUACUUUCAGAGAGAGGACAUCAAAUGAAAGUGUAUUGGUCGCGUACACAGUUUAGCAGAUGUUAUAGCGGUGCAGUGAAAUGCUUAUGUUACUAGCUCCAGAUAAUGCAGUAGAUAGAUCAGAGAGAGAGCGCGAGAGAGAGAGAGAGAGAGAGAGAGAGAGAGAGAGAGA